CCUGCCAUUGACAGAGCCGAUGAGUGACAUAUUCCCGGUAUGUACCGACCCAAUGAACGAUAAGCCAAUUAAUUAAGCUGAUGUCUCACGGUCGCGAGUACCAUCGAUUCGUAUCAAUCGGUCGAGUUUGAGCGGGGUCACAGUUGAAGUUGCAGUAUAAAAAUCUGAAACGGGAGAGGAAGAAACGUGAGGGGAGAGAGACCCGAAAAAAUAGCGAAAACAACAGGAGAAGUAGCGAGGAAGCAGCAAGAUGCCGAUUGAUUGUUAUUACUUUCCGCCAAGUCCACCCUGUCGCACUAUUAUACUACUCGCAAAAGCACUAGGCAUUCACCUUAACUUCAAGCUCGUAAAUAUGGCGAGCGGGGAGCAUUUGACGCCGGAAUAUUUAAAGAUUAAUCCGCAACAUACAGUACCGGCCAUCGACGAUAACGGUUUUAUUUUGUGCGAAAGUCGUCCUAUUCUGGCGUAUUUAGUCAGCAAAUACGCAAGAAAUGACUCCCUUUAUCCGAAAGAUCCGAAAGAAAGGGCGGUGGUCGAUCAAAUGAUGUAUUUCGACUGCAGUCUGUUUUCCACUUAUUUCAAAUGUUACAUGCCAGUAAUAGGAGGUCUAGCCAAUUCAGUUAACGAGGCAGAUCUGGCUCGAGUGGAGAAAUCGUUCGAGGUGCUCAACGCUCUCCUCGACGGUAAGGAAUUCGUGGCCGGUGAUAACCUGACCAUCGCCGAUUUCACUAUCAGCACGACUAUCUGCACGGCACUGUGCUGCGACUUCGACAUCGGCCGUUACGAUAACGUUGCCGCGUAUUACGAUCGUUGCAAGGAAAACCUGGAGAGAUUCGGGUUCGAGGAAGUGCACGCUAUGGGUGUUAAAGCGUUUACCGAGAUGUACCACGCGAACCUGCAAGAAUCUAGUUUAUUGAGAACCCUCGACGCACAAUCGAUCUCACUCUUGCGUGCGUGCAAUACACAGGCUGUCCCGUGCUACGCGGUCUUUAUAAAUAGCUCGCACAAGCAAGCUGCUUACACAGUCUGCCAUAAUCUCGCUACGCCUCCAGAGAGUACGAUCUGCAGGUUCGAUUUCAAGAUGCCCAUCGAUCUUUACCAAGUUGCCGGAAGUGCGCCAUGUCGGGCCGUGCGCUUGGCAGCGGCGGCCAUAGGGGUGGAUCUAAACCUGAAGAACACUGACCUCAUGGGCGGCGAGCACCUGAAACCCGAAUUUGUUAAGAUGAACCCACAACAUACAGUACCUACACUGGACGACAACGGCCUAUAUUUGUGGGAAAGCCGCGCAAUUAUGACCUACCUGGCUAAUCAAUACAGCAAGAACGACUGUCUUUACCCGAAAGAUCCGAAAAAACGAGCCUUGGUUGAUCAGAGAAUGUACUUCGACAUGGGAACUCUGUACCAAUCGUUCGCCGAUUAUUAUUAUACGCUGAUAUUUUCCGGCGUCACUCCGGAGCAAGCAAAACUCGAUAAGAUAAACAAUGCCUUGUGCUUCUUGGAUAAAUUCCUAGAAGGGGAAAAUUAUGUGGCAGGGAAAACUCUAACUCUCGCUGAUCUUACCUUGGUCGUCACCAUUUCUAACUUUAAGCUUGUGGACCACGACUUGAGUAAAUAUAAGAACAUUCUGAGAUGGUUCCCCAAGAUCCAAGCCGAGGCUCCUAAGUACGCUGAAAUCGAAACCCCCAGUAUGAAAGCAUUCAAAGAUUUCGUCGACAACCUUAGAAAAAAGAAGUUAACAAAUUGUUUAAAGCCAAGUAUGCCAUUGCAACUGUAUUAUUUCCCUCCAAGUCCACCUUGCCGAGCUGUCAUGCUCGUGGCAGAGGCAAUUGGGCUCGAAGUGGAGUUGAUAGUACUGAACGUAAUGGCUGGUGAGAAUUUGACACCGGAAUACGAGGAGUUAAAUCCGCAAAAAACAAUUCCUUUCCUGAUCGACGACGAUCUCAAGCUAUCGGAAAGUCGAGCUAUCAUGUCUUAUUUGGUCGAUCAGUACGGCCCGGAUGACACUCUGUAUCCGCGAAAUCCGCAAGCACGUGCUUUAAUUAAUCAACGAUUAUACUUCGAUCUGGGCACUCUGUUCAUGAGUGUAUACGGUUAUUACAUGACCGUGUUUAGAAAGGAAGUCGAUACAUAUGAUCCAGCGCAAUAUAGAAGACUAACAGACGCGUUCAAAUCUUUGAAUAAUUUUCUUGAAGGACAAGAUUACGUGACUGGAGAUAAUUUAACGAUCGCCGAUCUUGCUUUGGUCGUGUCCGUUACGCAAGCCGAGGUUUUUGGAUUCGAUUUAGGAGAAUACGAAAACGUUUCCAACUGGUUAAAGAGAGUACAAGAAUCUACACCUGGAUAUGAGAAGGCUAAUGGUGAACCUCUCGAGAUGUUGAGGCAAUUUAUUCAAGCUUCACAAGGCAAUGAAGGAGAAGGAGAAGAAGGAGGAGGAGAAGGAGGAGAGGAAGGACAAGGAGGAGAGGAAGGAGAAGGAGGAGAGGAAGAAAAUGAAUAAUAUAUUGUAUUAAAUUCAGUGUUUCGAUUUUUAAGGUGGAACAUAUUAGAUAAUAGAUGAAAUAUUUAUAUGAUGCCGCAAAUUAAAUCUCACUCAUAGAAAUAAUUAUGUAAAAAAAAUAUUAACUGUUAUACAAA